UUGAAGCGAAUAACCACAAAUAAAACGUCAUUUGUCUCUAUUUCGCUCCUCCUUUGUGUGACAAAACCACAAAUCCUGCUGUUUUUCUUCUCCCACUGUUUCUCAUGUCUGAACUGAUGACGAGAUGAAAAUGGCGGAUCUUUCGAAAUCCAACCCCGGCCUGAAAUAGACACGCAGCUCGCUAACUCGCUUUAACAGGACUUAAUUCAAGAGGCAAACAAACCUGCCUACAAUAACUCAUAUGUGUGCCUUGUAAAUGGAGAUAUUUCCAUGGCAACAGAAUAGACAGGAAAGCAGGCGCGUCGAAUAUCAACAAACUCCGUCUGAUGUGAAACUGACAGGCGGUCUUGUUUGGUUUCACUGAAUUAACUGUAGAGAGAAGUCAUUAGAACUAUUGCAAGUCUAAAGUCAUGGAAAUAUUUUAUGGAGAAUAUUUGGGAAAAAUCUAAAACAUUGUGUUUUCAGUAAGUUUGUACACGAUGGAUGUGGUUUCACCUGAGCUCAACAGCCUCCUCCCUGAUGAGAUUAUGGACACGGAAGCCAUCGCGAUGGAAGAGGAGCUCCCUGCCGAGCACCUCGCUGCUCCUCCCCAACCUGAACCGGAUCCGCCGCAGGUUCCUAUGGAAACAGAGGUGCCUGAAAUCGUCAGCCUGUGUCCAGCCACCACAUCUAUGCAGAUGACCUCCACCUCCAGCGACGCUCAGAGCAGCACCAGCUCGGGAACUCAACUCCUCCUUGCCCCCUCCGGCCUCAUUGCCGGUACCACAACCACAACCACCACCACCACCUCUGCCAAAACUCUGACUCAAAACCUCCCUAAAAUCUCUAGCGUUACUGUCCCGGCCAACCACCAGCUCAUCAUCAACAAAGUGGCCGGCGCCCCCGCUGCAGAUGGCAAGUCUCCAGGCACUGCUGUGCUCAAGCCAGAGGGCCAGAAACUCUUGGUUGCCGGCCUUAGUAAAACAGGGCAGCCUAUUAUGUUGGCUCUGCCCCACACUUGGAACAAGCCCGCCACUACUCAGGGCGCAGGGGACGCCAAGGGCCAGCCGACGCAGAUCAAAAUGGUGACGACGGUAGGGAAGCCUGUGAUAGCGGUGAGCUCAGCCAGUCAGCUGAUGGGCACCUCCACCACACUGCAGGCCCAGCAGCUGAAGACGCUUCAGCUCACAAAGAAACCCCCAGUAUCUACAGCUGGACCGAUGAUAACAAAGCUCAUCAUAACAAAAGCCCUGAACAAUAAAGGACUGUCCAGCCCAGCUUCAGUGGCUCCUGUAGUGACUGGGCGAGUUGUUACCCAGAGUACUCCAGUGACACCUCCACGCACCAUCACCAUUGGUGAGACCGUCAGCACUGUGCCACAGAAUACUUCUGGUAACAGCAAAGUCGCCAUCUCGCCUCUCAAGUCUCCCAGCAAGCUGACUGUAGUUUCGGUGGCCAGUCAGUCUCCAAACUCGCCCCAGAAGUCUGUGACGCUGCCGCUCAACGUGGCUCUGGGCCAGCAGAUCCUCACAGUUCAACAGUCUGCCGCAACCUCUCCAGCUAAAGCAGGAACCAGCCAAUCCACCGCACAGACUGUAAAGCCGGUGCAGACAGUGGGAGGAGUGGGAACAUCUCAGUUUAAGACCAUCAUCCCCCUCACCACACCUCCCAACGUGCAGCAGAUCCAGGUGCCGGGCAGCCGCUUCCAUUAUGUGCGUCUGGUAACGGCCACCACCGGCAGCAGCACCGUACAGUCGGGCAGCAGCACCAGCACCAACCCUUCCAUCCAACCAGCCAAGCCUGUGAUGAUGAAUGCUGCAGUACGGAUGUCUGUACCCAUCGUCCCAGCACAGACCGUCAAACAGGUUGUACCCAAACCCUUGACGUCAGCAGCCCAGGUGGUGACCACCAGUCAGACGCCCCAGCGUCUCAUCAUGCCAGCCACACAUUUGCCACAGAUCCAGCCCAACCUCACCAACCUACCGCCGGGCACUGUGCUCGCCCCCGCCCACGGCUCUGGGAACAUGGGCUACGCUGUGUUACCAGCUCCAUAUGUUACGCAGAUCCCUCAGCCUGCAUUUGUGACUUUGACCAGCAGCUCCACCUUCUCAACAGCCACCCCUAUACAGACUCAAGCCAGGCUUUCACUCAAUGGUUUAUCAACGUCCGAAGCAACUUCAAGGCCGAGAAAACCUUGCAACUGCACACGGUCACAGUGUCUGAAGUUGUAUUGUGAUUGCUUUGCCAAUGGGGAAUUCUGUAAUAACUGCAACUGUGUUAACUGCUUCAACAACCUUGAUCAUGAGAGUGAAAGACUGAAGGCCAUCAAGGCAUGUUUAGACAGAAACCCUGUGGCUUUCAAGCCCAAGAUCGGCAAAGGCAAAGAAGGGGAGUCCGACAGGAGACACAGCAAAGGCUGCAACUGUAAGAAGUCUGGCUGUCUGAAAAACUACUGCGAGUGUUAUGAGGCAAAGAUCAUGUGUUCGUCCAUCUGCAAAUGCAUGGGCUGCAAGAACUUCGAGGAGAGUCCAGAGAGGAAGACGCUGAUGCACCUGGCAGACGCUGCAGAGGUGCGAGUUCAGCAGCAAACCGCAGCCAAAACCAAACUCUCCUCACAGAUCUCAGAUCUACUCACCAGAACCACACCGGCCGUCACCAGCGGAGGCGGAAAGUUGCCAUACACAUUCGUAACAAAGGAAGUGGCUGAAGCGACGUGUGACUGUUUGCUGGAGCAGGCCGAGCAGGCCGAACUCACCAACCAACCUCAGGCCGUGGCAGAACGCCUCAUUCUGGAGGAGUUUGGUCGCUGCCUCAGGAGAAUCAUCAGUUUUGCUGGCAAAGCCAAGACGGACUGUCCCAUCAACUGCUAGAGCCGUGGCCCUAAGUGUUGCUGAACCUAGAACCGGGCUCCACCGAGGGCACUUUCGCCGGCCCCUUGUAUGGAUUCAUGGGCCUUCUAAUAAAAAAACACAAACCAGAACUUCCCAUUGGCCUGUGUGGAAAUGUGUGUGGAGGACGCACUAUAUUCAGUAGGAGGACUACAGUACUUGAUCGUAGCCCCUGCAUUGGACAUAAACUGUUUGCUUUAUUGGAAGGGGUUUAUUUUAGAACAAUCGAUACAAUUUUAAGGUAGUUUUUGUUUUGUUUGGCAGUGUUUUCCACUUUUAAAUCUGCAUAAUCAUGAUUUGUCUUUUAAAACUGGAUUUUCAUAUUAUCACUCACUGUCGUCUGAAAGCCCUUACUAAUAACCUCGGGAUGGUCAGGACCGGAAGGAACUUCCCUGCACAUGUGAUUACCCGUCUGAUCAUGACUUGUAUACAGUAAGUAGCCUGUACUGUAGCUUCAUUAUAUUUAAAUGCUCGCAGCAGAUUUUCUCCCUUGACCAGAAUUGGCUUCAGUCUUCAUCGUUCCAUUCAUGUUCAAGCAUGCAAACAUUCAGCUGGGCCGAAGGCUGUACGAGAUUGAAGAAGAGCACGGCAGUACAGAUGCCCUGUACUCCAAAAAUCUAUGAGAAUAGAUUUGAAUCUUUACUAAUGAAAAAAAAAAAAGCAGCUAAAUAAGCUUUGUAAUCCA